CGUCAUGAUGUGUUACAACGCGUACGGUCAGCGUGAAGGAACCGGUCUAUCACAUACGCCCAUGUUUCCUUGGAACAACUUCAUUUGUCUUUAUGUAACUGACAACUGUCUUGCGCGUUCAGAUGUUCCCGAGUCUACUCUGGAGGAAACUACGACAAGCGUUCCAAAAGCAGUGUCAACUGAAGCGGACGCUGAGAGUACUGCGGCAGCGGAAGAGGAAAACCGGAGCGAAGCUUAUGCUUCGAAGACGACCAACGAAAAAACGAGGGUAGCUGCCGAAAGCCGUCCAUCCAAAACACCCUUCGUGACGACUCCGAAGGAAACGCGUCAUGGAACGGAAACGACGGCUGGGUCAAGGACACGGGAAAGCUUGGUCACUACGGCCACGAGGGACAAGGACGCAGAGACGACACCGGCGAAGGGCGUGCUCCUGUGCACGGCGGGCGAUUUUGCCGUUGAAGAGGACAUGUUUCCCACGGACGGACUGUGCGACCUGCUCUUCUACACGGACGUUCGGUUUCUGAACCAUGAGUUCCGAGGUCGUUACAACGAGAAGAGCUGGAGGACCUUCAGGCGCUUGGCACCGGUCUCCCGUAAGACGGGAUUCGGCAUGUCGGUCAGCUAUCGCGAGGCCGACGAUGCGAGAAAAGCCAUGAAUGCCACUGGCAGACAAAAGCUUCUGCAGUUGUACAAAGACAAAAUACGACACCAUGGCAUUCUGAGAGCGACCUGCGGCUCCAAAACGCUUAAAUCAGACUUGGCUGGCAAGCUAAAGCUAAUGAAUGAGCUCAAGAAAUUCCAGAACGGCCUGAGCGGUUCGCAGACAGCUGGCGUUAGCUUAUCCGAGCUGGUGUUGGGCAUCCGAUUUGUGAACUACCUGGACGAAGCGGAGGUAGCGCAUCACCCGUCGGCAAUACUGGAUCUUACAAGGAAAGGCACAUUUUCUGCGUAA